UGUGUAUACAUUCGCUCAGCUGUUCUGGUCAGAAGUGAUCCGCGGUUCGUCUGAUUGCACAAAUUUUCGAAGCUCCGGGGUUUAUUUUUAGUACAAGUGCCAUGUCGUUUUGGUACAAUCCUCGUGGAUUUUUGCUGCGUAAGAGUAUGUUACACGGUUUCUGAUUCGAUCGAUAGACGGAACGUUUCUCGCUGAUUGACAGACUCGUUAAACUCGCCACUCUCACCUCGGUUAUCUGGGAAUUUGACAUUAAUCUGUGAUCGAUGCGUCCCGCAAAUUGAUAUUCAGUUUCUACCGUAACAUCAAGGCUGAACCAUGAAGAAGACACGCUCAAAUCUGUUCCGUGACAUUUAUGAUCUGCCAUAUAAUGAGUGCUCCAAGAUGAAGCUUUACUCCAGCAGUAAAGCAAGUCUUCAGAUGACACAGCGUAUGGCUUUAUUAAAGAAGCUUGACGUACAUAAUGGUUGUGUAAACUCUCUUUGUUGGAAUUCUACCGGUGAUUUGAUAUUGUCUGGUAGUGAUGAUCUGCAUCUUGUACUCACAAAUGCUUAUAAUUACAAGGUGAUGACAGAUUACAAAACCAGUCACAAAGCAAAUAUAUUUAGUGCUAAGUUUUUGCCUAAUAGCGGGGAUCAUCGGAUAGUUUCGUGUAGCGGCGAGGGCACUAUUUUGUAUACAGAUUUAACGAGAAAAACCGAAACGUUUCAUAAUCAAUUCAAUUGUCAUAGCGGUACCGCUUAUGAAGUAGCAACAAUACCCGACGAACCACACACAUUUCUAAGCUGCGGCGAGGACGCGACUGUAAGAUUGUUCGAUCUCAGAAUAAAGGAGAAAUGCAAUGCCUCGAAUUGUAGGAAGAAUGUACUGAUCUCCCUUAAAACAGCCAUAACCGCACUGUCGGUGAAUCUUGCUUCGCCCCACCAAAUAGCGAUCGGUUGUUCCGAUAGUACAGUAAGAAUAUUUGAUAGGAGAACGCUCGGGACCCCGACAUCUGGGUGGUUAGAUGUGACCAGAGAAGACCUUGUUUUAUGCAGUUUCACAGUUCCGGAUUUCGAGGGAAAUGCUCGUAGAAUGACAUCGCUGAAUUACAGUCCCGACGGGCAAGAUGUUCUCGUUAGUUAUAGUAGCGACUACGUUUACCUGUUUAACAUACAGGAUCAAGGUGCCGUACAAUUGAGGAAAGACAUUGGAGCAGUAAAAGGAGAAGGAAGGAAACAAAGGUUACGGCCGUCUCUGCCAGUACGUAGAUUGAGACUUAGGGGCGAUUGGUCCGAUACCGGUCCCGACGCACGACCCGAACGCGAAGCUGGUCAAAGUAACGGUACAGAAAUUGCUCAAGCCAGACCUGUGCUUCACACUUCGUUAAUGCACAGGAUGACGGACGCUCUGACUAGAAUGUUAAACGAUCCAGCCACUAGAGCCGCGUUAUACGCGGGCGCCGAAGGUAGUUCAGGUGGUGUGAUCGAUCACCAAGACAAUGCUCAAAAUAGCAACGAAAACAUCGCGGAAACCAGCGAGGAAAGACACAACGAACCCGAAGGAGUCGAAAGAGUCCCGGCCCAGAGUAAUCAAGAAACAGAUGUUGCAGAACGGCAAGCAGACGGAUCGGAAGGCGCAUGUUCCAGCGGCACGCAAAGCGAACCCGAAACAGCCCGUUCCCCGAUAACGAAAAACCAAUCUCCGUCGGAAAUUACGACGGUUCCGGAUCAAACGACUGACGAGACCCCGGUUGAGCCCACAUCGAAUGUUCCUAUGAAAACUGAAUCUAGUCAAACAAAUACACCGAAGUGUUCUAUGCAACCUUGUUCAUCGCGCGCGGUGGACAGGUGCAACGACGCCCCCGAAGAAGAUCAAAACGGUAGCGAAGAUUCCCCGCGUACAAAUAUGGAGAAUAAACAAGAGGGGCAUAUGAUGGAGAAUCUUCAAAAUAGACUGACGAAAAUGAGAGACGGUUUCCUCGAAAAACACGGUAGCGAGCCGGUGAGUUUAACUUACACGGAGAAAAGUUCGCCGAUCGCAACGAUAUCUCUUGGCGUGGCUGGCGAAAUGAUUCACGACAACAAUUAUCUCGCGGGUCCAUCUGGUAGUAACAGUAACGCAACAUUCACGAGCAAAAAUCACAUCAAACACUUACGAUUUUAUAAUACACAAGGAAAGACUGACGAAAGCGCUUUUACCGAUAGCGACGAUGAUGAUACAGAGCUUAGGGAAAGGUUGAGAAGUCGGGUGGAAGACGAAAUGGACGAAGCUAUCGGCGACGACAGAUCGCGAGAUGACUCCGCGAAUUGCGAUAAAACAUAUACACCGACUCUUCGCGUGAAGCAGUACACGGGACACCGCAACGCGAGUUUCUUUAGGACCAUGAUCAAAGAAGCGAACUUCUGGGGCGACGAUUUCGUGAUGUCCGGUAGCGAUUGCGGCCACGUGUUCAUCUGGGACAAAGAGACGGCGAAGCUGUGCAUGUUGCUCGAGGCGGAUCAACACGUGGUCAACUGUUUGCAACCGCAUCCGUAUCUACCUUUGUUGGCUACCGCCGGUAUCGAUUAUGACGUCAAGCUGUGGGCACCGAUCAACAAGGAGCCCACGUUCGAUGAGAAAUUUGCCGAAAAUCUGAAAAAGAGGAACGAUAUCAUGCUGGAAGAGACCAGAGACACAAUGACUGUACCUGCUACGUUUAUGAUCAGAAUGCUGGCAUGUCUCAAUCAGUUGCGCAGAGGUCGCGGUCGGUACAGGGGGAGGACCGGAUACGAGCCCACCGAAUUACGAGGUUGCUAAGCGGUUCUUGGCGACACUGCUCGUUAUAAGCGUGAAAUCGGUACCCGAGGACGGUCCCGACGAGACAACAUAUCACGCCGAGAGCCCAACCAAUUAGUAUCGAACAAAAGAAACGGAAAAGAAAAAAGCCCACGUAUAUUUGAUUAAUUGCUGGAAAUGUAUAAUUCUAGAUUAAUUGUAAGAAUAUUUAAUCAUGAUAAGCUUCCGUAUCUCGUUAUCAUUAUCAGCGAGAGAUAAGUUGUUCGUUUCUUUAUUAUUCUUUUCCUCGUUGCUUUUUCUUGCGAUUCUAUUCAGGAUCGAUUACUCCGUUGUAAGGGAGCUCGUUACCAACGAAUGUUUUUAUCGCGAUACAGACGCUAUCUUGCCCUCUCGAGCGGAUUUCGAAUUACUGUACGCGUGUUUGCUUUUGACAAUAUUUUUCUUCUCUUUGUUCUGUUUGCGUGCGUGGCGUGUAACUCGAGCUCGAGCUCGCGCGCGCGAUUACAAUGCGUCGAGCGGAUCCUUUGGAAAAUAGAUCAAAAGACUACCAACGAGAGUGAUUUCGAAUCGAUCCGUUCGGUUCGGAUUCACGCGGGAUUACGCGAUAAGUUUACACGUGCAAUAACAUUAUUGUAACGAUAGAUACGAGUAAUAGAUAGAUAACAGGUAGAUAAGAGUGCGUUUAACGACCGAUGCAUUGUUGCGCGAAGCGUGGUGUGCAUGUGUUCGAGGCUGUUUUAAAAGCACUGUAUUCUAAAGAAAAAGAAAAAAAAGGAAAAAAAAAAAAACGAA